ACCCAGCCUCCCGCACGGCCUCGCCGAGCCUCGGCAGAGCCGGCCUCCCGGGUUCCCGACCGCCGAGGCAGCCAGUAGAUCAUGGCAACCACUCCGGCUGCUGCUUUCGAAGCCCUCAUGAAUGGGGUGACAACCUGGAAUACCCCCACAGGUCCAGUCCCCAGUGAACUCCUUCUCAUUGGAGAAGCCACCUUCCCAGUGAUGGUGAAUGACAAGGGCCAGGUGAUCAUCGCUGCCUCCUCCUACGGCCAAGGCCGCCUCGUGGUCGUGGCCCACGAGGCGUACCUGAUGCAUGCUCCCUUGGCUCCAUUUCUUGCCAAUGCUGUGCACUGGCUCUGCCCCUUCCUGGGAGCCCACAUUGGAGUGAACCCCUGCCUGGAGUCACUAGUAAAACUCCUGCAGGACGCUGGGGUUAAGGCACAGGUUGAGUCAGAGCCGGGAGAGUCCCUGGGGGUUUACUGCAUCAAUGCCUACAAUGACAGCAUGACUGAGAAGCUGAUCCAGUUUGUAAAAGGAGGAGGGGGCCUGCUCAUCGGGGGCCAGGCCUGGUACUGGGCCAGCCAGCAUGGCCAUGAUAACGUGCUGUCCAAGUUCCCUGGGAACCGAGUGACAAGUGUGGCUGGAGUGUACUUCACUGACACCUAUGGAGACGGAAGCCACUUCAAGGUCUCUAAGCAAGUGCCCAAGAUCCCUCUGAACGUCAGGUGUGGCGAAGAUCUCAGAAAAGACCAGGAGAAACUCCUAGAAGGGAUCUCAGAACUGGACAUCAGGACUGGGGGAGUUCCUUCCCAGCUGCUGGUGCACGGGGCCCUGGCCUUCCCUCUGGGACUCAAUGAUUCCCUUGGUUGCUUCCUCGCUGCUGCCCACUAUGGCCGUGGCCGGGUGGUCCUGGCUGCCCAUGAGGGUUUGCUUUGUGCUCCCAAGAUGGGGCCCUUUCUCCUCAAUGCUGUGAGCUGGCUGGCCAGAGGCCAAACAGGCAAAGUUGGGGUAAACCCGAGGCUAAAAAAUCUUUGUUCACUACUGUCAGGACAUGGCUUGGAAUGCGCCCUGGAGCCUCAUCUGACCAGGGACAUGAGUGUCUACUGCUGUGCGGCUUACACUGACAAGGAGGCUAAGGAGCUGCAGGAGUUUGUGGCUGAGGGUGGGGGUUUGCUGAUCGGGGGCCAGGCCUGGUGGUGGGCCUCCCAGAACCCAGGUCAGUCUGCUUUGGCCAAUUUCCCUGGUAACAUCAUCCUCAACUGCUUUGGCCUCAGCAUCCUGGCUCGGACUCUCAGCCCAGGCUGUUUCCCCACCCCAACUCCUGAAAUGAGGAGUUAUCACUUCCGAAAGGCUCUGUCUGAAUUUCAGGCUGCACUGAGCCAUGGGGGCAGGGACUUAGAAAAGAGCUGCCUGGCCAAGUUGCGAGAAGACGGUGCAGCCUUCCUACAGAUUCCUGCCGAGGGAAUCCCUGCUUACGCAUCCUUUCACCGGCUCCUGAGAAAGAUGCUGCUUCGCUCGGGCCUUCCAGCUGUGAGCAAGGAAAAUCCAGUUGCCAGGGACUCCUGUGAGGCCACAAUGCUCUGCCUGGCCACAGAGCUGGCACACUCUGGAACUGACUGCUCCCAGCUGGUCCAGAGACUUGGCACCUGUGCCUCCAGUCUGCAGCCUUUGGAACACUCCAUCACUGUGGAGAUCAAUGGAACCAACCCAGGCAAUGGUGAUUCCUGGCUGAGUACUGGGCUGUAUCUCCUGGAAGGACAAAACGCAGAAGUCUCACUGUCUGAAGCUGCUGCCUCUGCUGGAUUGAAGGUACAGAUCGGCUGCCAUACUGAUAACCUGACCAAUGCCAAAAAGCUAUCCCGGGCUCCUGUGGUGACUCACCAGUGCUGCAUGGACAGGACCAAGAAGUCACUCUCCUGCCUCUGGGGUGGCCUACUCUAUGUCAUCGUGCCCAAGGGCAGCCGACUUGGCCCUGUGUCUGUGACCAUCAGGAGAGCAGUGCCGGCCCCAUACUACAAGCUGGGUAAAACAUCCAAGGGGGAGUGGAGGCGCUGUCUCCAAGGGAACCCAGCUCCCUGGGGAGAGCUGGCCACGGACAAUAUCAUCCUGACGGUGCCAACUGCGAAGCUCCAGGCCCUGGAGGACCCUGAGCCUCUUCUCCGCCUCUGGGAUGAGAUGAUGCAGGCUGUAGCCAGGCUGGCAGCCCAGCCUUUCCCUUUCUGCAGACCUGAGAGGAUUGUGGCCGACGUUCAGAUCUCAGCUGGCUGGAUGCACUCAGGAUACCCUAUCAUGUGCCACCUGGAGUCAGUGCAGGAGCUCAUUAAUGAGUCAGGCAUGCGAAGCAAAGGUCUGUGGGGAGCCAUCCACGAGCUGGGCCACAACCAGCAGUGGCAUGGCUGGGAAUUCCCCCCACACACCACAGAGGCCACGUGCAACCUCUGGUCAGUCUACGUGCAUGAGACGGUGCUGGGCAUUCCCAGGGCUCGGGCCCACCCUGCCCUGAGCCCUUCUGAACGAGAGAAGAGAAUUAAAGCACACCUGGGAAAGGGAGCCCCUCUGAGCGACUGGAGUGUGUGGACCGCUCUGGAAACAUAUCUACAGCUCCAGGAGGCCUUUGGGUGGGAGCCAUUCACCCAACUGUUUGCUGACUACCAGACCCUCUCAGGCCUCCCCAAAGACAAAGCUGGCAAGAUGAACCUAUGGAUGAAAAAGUUCUCUGAAAAAGUGCAGAAGAAUCUCGUUCCUUUCUUUGAGACCUGGGGCUGGCCCAUCCAGAAGGAAGUGGCUGAUGGCCUGGCCCACCUGCCUCCAUGGCAGGGAAACCCCACGAGGGUACCCCAUUAGGUUCUGAGGAGUAAAGGGGGAUGGAGAAGGGAACUGAUCGUGCCAUCAACACCACCAUUCUGAUUUGACUGGGAUGCUGAACACCUUGAACCUCAAUCCCAAUUGCCAGCCAGACUUCAGGACAGCAGUCAAGGUCCUAAAUCAAGACAGAACCACCUUUCUCAGGAAUGUGUCUUUGUACUUCUGCUCAUGGGUUUCUCUUUAUAUGGAGGGGUCUUCAAAAACUGCAUGGAAAACAUGUACUAUGAAAAAUCUACACAUAGGUUUCAAAAUUUUGUGCAAAAAUAAAUGUAAUCUUUUAGUUCCU